GCUACGUAAACAGUCCUAGUGAAAGGAAGUUCCUUUGCUCUGACCCAUCUCGCUACUAUGCAACAUCCAGAGAUCUGUUACAAAUUCAUUUUGCCGGAUCGUCCGAUUGCAAAGACGCUAGGUCCAGAUUAUUGUCUCGGUGGGUCAUUUAUAACUUAAUAAUGUCUUAUCAGCAGCGCAAUUUAUUGGCCAGCCUGAGCCAGAGCUGAUGCUUGAGAAGCAUAGAAUAGGAUGGCUUCCAGAAAUUUUCUACAUCCCCGAAUAUAUAUCCGUAGAUGAUGAAGAACGUCUAUGCCAAACGAUCAGGGCAUCCAAGGCACCCUGGAUCAAGGUUUCAGGUCGUCGCCUGAGGAACUAUGGGGGCACUGUUCAUGAGAAGCUGGGCGUCUUGCUGCAGUCGCCUGUUCCCAGCUGGCUGCAGCCGCUGUUGAGGCGGCUGGGGGAGGACACUCAGGCCUUUGGGCCGGGGCUGGAGGCAAACCAUGUGCUGCUCAAUGCGUACCGCCCUGGAGAGGGCAUCAUGCCACACCAGGAUGGCCCGCUGUACCACCCGGGAGUGUGCAUACUUUCUCUGGCGGCCCCGGCUGUGAUGCGCUUCAGCCGCAAGCGUAGCAGCGACGACGACACCAGAGCACAAGGUGACUUUAAUUCCCUGGUGGUGUCGGUAGCGCUGCAGCCGCGCAGUCUGCUUGUGUUCAGGGGCGAUGCCUACACCCACUGCCUGCACGGCAUUGAUGAGGUGGAAGAGGAGGCCUUGGAUGAGACAGUGGCGAACAGGGAGGCAUUGCCUGACCCUGAGGCAAGGGUAAUGAAAAGGGGCAACGAGCGAUUGUCGCUGACUGUGCGGCGCGUGCUGCGGGUCAAGAACAUUCUGGGGCCCCGUAAAUGACCUCGUGGAACUCUUUGAAGAAAGGCAAUUUUAUAUGAUUAUAUGCGCUUGGCAAAGCGUGACCAUGCCACAGUGAGCAAUGGAUCAAUCACAUAGAGCUUAAAGGUGCAAUAGCAUGAUUGCUACAUCAUGCUCAGCACAGACGAGGCUACCUGCACUGCAGGUCCUGCAGUGGUGUCUUGAUUAUAGUGUGCUUAUUAGUGUAAAAAACGCAACGAUGCGGGCUGCUACUAGCAGACUCCGUGGUAGACGCAGUGCUAGUACCGGUGCCGAUAUGUUUCCCGGUCUGAUAUGUGUUUACAAAGUUGAUCUCGCACUGCCUGGUAUGUCUUGCAUUCUGCCUCGCUUUACAGGAAAGACAGCUGAAUAUCCACCGCACAACGCACAGAAUUGCUGGAAAAACUUUGGAAAUUCUUGUCUUCUCGGGAAGGCCAGCUAGUAUGGUACCGCCUGCAAUAAAAAGUCCUUCUCUUGCCUGACUUGACCUAACUCUUGAAGAUAGGUCUGAGCCUGGAAGCUCCCAAGCCAAAGAGAGCCACUCAAGGUGCUGCUGCUGCUCAUUCACUCUUCCUCUGCUUCAACCUGCAGCAUGCUCCCUUGCUGCACUGUGUGAGCGGCCUCAACCUAGAAAGCUCAUCUAUUUAGGACAGGCUGCAUUGUCCGAGAGGCUGAUUGGUUCCAACACAUGCA